AUGGGCCGGAAAAGUGCUGCUCUUUCUUGUACACCAAGGCGUUCUACUCGACCAGUUAGGUCAACCGAUGAGGUCCAAACACCUGAAAAUAAGAAGUCGGUUAAUCCAGCCAAAAAGUCAAGUCAGUUGACCACAAUCGAGGAAAGUGCUUUCAGUAGCAAAGAUGAACAUGUAUCCGCUUUGAACAAGCAUACAAAAAGGCGUAGUAAACGAAUUCGUUCAAGAGUAGGAACACAGAAACCAAGUCUUAGAGGAACAUUGGGUUUGGAGAAAAAAAGUGAAUUGUUCGGGGACGAUAAAGAGUUAUCGACAGAUCGCCACUUUCAAGAUGAGUGUAAUGACAGCGAUUCAAGUGAUUUCGUAUCCCAGUGCUCAAGUGUCGAAAGACCUAAAAGCAAGAGAAAAGGCAAUUUGCGUUUGUUUUCAGAAUUCAAGCCCAAGAAUGUGGCUAAAAAACGAAGUAAACCAUCGAAAAACGUUAAUGUAGUUGAAAAUUUUCAAAGUAUUGUAAAUAAUGAUUCAGACGACGAAACAGAAUGGGUUGAAGUAGAUGAUGAGCCAACAAAUGAAUUAGAUUUCAUGCAUAACCUUUUGAAUUUCAGUUCAAAUACUGUACAUGGCGAAGAUGGAGAAAAAAAACCUGCAUCACUAACUGUAGCUAUCCCUCUUGAUAGUCUCGCUAAAAAACAUUCUAAACAAGAUCCAAAACUUCUCGAGUUACUUGCACUAAAACGCAAACUAAAAGAACAUUACACAUUGAUGCAUUCAGUUCAUGUGUUAUGUUUUCUUGCUCAUAGUCGUGUGGUAAAUCGAACUUGUGACAGUUCCUUAUGUUGGGCUUUAGGUAUUUCACUUUUGGCUAAUACAAAUGCAGUGUACAAUCAAAAAACAAAACAGUUUAUCAGAUUAUCAUUGUGGUCAAUUGAACAUAUAGAGGCAUGUCUUGUUUCAUUGUUGUCUUAUCAAGGAAUGGAAUUAUGUACUGAAAAUAAUUCAUGCGGUGAUUAUGAAUACCAGCUUGUUCGUCGUCUUUCAGAGUCGAAAUCAACUGAAGGUGAUUGUAUCAUACUACUUGUUGCAGCUCUUCGUUCUCUUGGAUUCGAUGUACGAAUAAUCCUUGGUCUUCAUCCAAUACCUUUAUUACCUAGUGAACCAGCGACCAAAAUGCUUACGUCUAAAACUAAAGAAAUUAAAAGUUCCAAUAAGGGAAAACAUAAUCGAAAAAUCAUUUCUUCAGAUGAAGAAGACAUAUUUGAUACCAAUUUUGAUCAUCAUUAUUAUAAUGAAAAUUCAAAAUCCAGCAUCACUCUAUUUGCUGAAGUAUUUCUGCCAAAAUUGAAUCGUUGGGUAUGUAUUGAUCCAUCAUCGCCUACAGGUGUUGUGGAUAAAGUGAAUUUUAAACAUGGAUCUUUAUAUGUUGUCGGUGCUUGUUCUGUCCGAUCAGCGAGUCCUGAGUUAGUAUCUUAUGUUGGUAGAAAUCCAGUUGACCUGUCUUCUCGUUAUGUUCAGGAUUGGUGUGUUUCUGCUCGUACUCAUCGCAUUCCUGCUGAGAAGUGGAGUAGUUUUCUUGAUAUACAAAGUAGAUUUUUUGAUAAAGAUGCCGUUGAAUAUGAUGCUUUAGUUUCUAAGUUAAGUGCAGUCCCAACUUUUCAACGAGAUAAAAAAGAUAAAGAUUCUAUUCAAGAAAAGCUUUUAUCUGAACCUCUACCUAAACGUAUGCAAGACUUUAAGAAUCAUCCAUUGUAUGUUCUCCAACGCCAUUUACUUAAAUUUCAAGUUAUUCAUCCACCUGAUUCAAUCCCCUUGGGAUAUUUUCGUAAUGAACCGGUUUAUUCUCGUGAUUGUCUUCAUCUUUGUCAUACCAGAGAAUCAUGGUUGAAAGAGGCUAUGUUAUUUAGAAGUUGGGAUAAUAAUGUUUUUGAAGCGAAGUGUCAUAUUGGAUCAAAUGUUAAAAUAACCCAUGGUUGUGUAAUUGGUGCAAUGUGUUCAAUGGAUUCUGGUGAAACAUUACAAGAAUGUACUGUUGUAUACAGUGACGAAGGUCAUCGUCGUAUUGCAACUGAACGUCCAGCUGCACAAACAUUACAAUUAGAUUUUCUAACAAAAAUUCUACCAAAUUAUCAUCAUUUAAUGAAAGUUAGUCGAACUUCCACACCAAAGCCAACUGAAAAAUAA